AUGCCGCUUUAUCUCUGUGUCGACUGUGGGGGGUCCAAGACCUCUGUCGUAUUAACUGAUCGCACGGGGAACCCGGUUGCUCGUGCCCUAGGCGGGCCCUCCAACUUCGCCUACCUUGGGCUCGCCCCAUUCAUUGCUGUUGUUCAAGAAUCCGUUGAGAAAGCCCUACGCGCCUGUGACCCGGACAUCCUUGAUGCAGAGCUGCACAAAGAUGGCGCCGCUCCGACAGGUCGUGCUUUGACCCUUCCUCCUCCAGAGAACCAUCCCUUUUUCGCUGCAGCUUGGCUGGGUGUCUCGGGGUGUGACUCUCCAGCAGCCAUCGCAACUCUCACUCCUCCUCUCGAGAAGCUGCUCGGGAUUCGUCCCCGAGUAGCGAAUGACACGCACCUACUUGCAGCUCCAAUGAAACUCUACCCAGAAGUCAAUGGUGCUAUUGCAGCUGUCGCGGGGACAGGAGGAAUCGUGGUCAGCUUUGGGGAUGCGGUAAAGUCGGCUUCCGGUGGUGACGUUGUUGGUCUGGAGGAAUUAGGUCGCGUCGGCGGAUGGGGCUGGAUUUUGGGAGAUGAGGGUGGUGGGUUCCAUGUGGGACGAGAAGCAAUCCGCCAGGUCCUCGAACAGGCCGAUCGUGCGAGCGUGAAGAAGAAGCCCGAGGUUAAUGAAGCGGGGGACGUCACCAAGAUCUGGGGACUGAAGGAGCGGCUUUUGCAUCGCUUCCAAGUAACAGACGUCUUCGAGCUGCUCACUGUUGUGCACCUGCCCGACCCUGCGCAUGGGUCAUCUUUGGAUACUACGCCCAACGUCGGACCAGAUUAUGUCCUGAUGCCUCGCGAGAAACGUCUCUCCUCGCUCUCGCCGCUUGUCUUCACCGCUGCCUUCGAAGAUCAUGAUCCCCUCGCUUUGAAUGUGCUGAAAACUACAAGUGGGGCUUUGGUUGAUCAGAUAUGUAUCCUGUUGAAGGGGGAGAAUGAGAUCACAGAAGACCGUACGAUCCGUGCAUCAGAUAGUAUAUUGUGUUUGGGUGGAUCACUGUCGGGGUUGGACACUUACCGAGGCCUACUACUCGACGAGCUCAAGAGAAGGGGUCAUGUUUUCUGCCGCGUGGAAGUCAUCGACGACGCUGCUGCUGUGGGUGCAAAGGCGUUAGCAGUUUCCACUGGUCCCUAA